UUUCGUGUGUUAAAAAAUCUCGCUGACGUGGCGGUAUCUCAUUGGCUACCUUUGAACUCUUCAAACAAUUCCCCCCACCAUUUCAGCCUGCCCGAUUGAUUUGCUUGCACUCUCCAUUAUUCUCUUGCGCCCUCCUCCCCCUCAAUCGCUUCGCCCGUCGAUGCCUUUUCCCGGAAAAUCGAUUCGUUCGUUUUCCCGGGAAAUCCAAUUCGUCGAUCGGACCCCCGGCCGCUUGUCCUCAUCUCCCCGAGACUAGAAGGCGAUAAGAUUCUGGAAAUUAAAGGGGAAGAUGGCGAGUCAUGGGGGUUCUUCGAGGAAAAGUAUGUCGCUGACGAGCUCGCCUUUGCAUCCCAGGAGGAAAACUCCAGACAACGGCGGCCUCGAUCCUGCCAGAAAAUCCUUGUCUUCUUCUCGUUCCACGGGACUAGCUGGAGAUCGUACCGUGAGGCGAUUGAGGCUCUCAAAGGCCUUGACAGUUCCUGAAACUACAAGUAUCUACGAUGCUUGCCUUAAAAUGGCUACUCGCAGAGUUGAUGCUUUGUUACUGACAGACUCAAAUGCAUUGCUUUGUGGAAUCCUGACAGACAAGGAUAUAGCAACAAGAGUUAUUGCUCGUGGUCUCAAUCUGGAGGAGACACCUGUGUCUAAGGUUAUGACUAGGAAUCCGGUUUUUGUGUUUUCUAGCACUCUCGCUGUUGAAGCCUUGCAAAAGAUGGUGCAAGGAAAAUUCAGACAUUUGCCUGUUGUGGAGCACGGUGAGGUUAUUGCGUUGCUUGACAUAGCUAAGUGUUUGUACGAUUGUAUUGCCCGUAUGGAAAGGGCAGCGGAAAAGGGUAAAGCCAUUGCAGCAGCUGUUGAAGGGGUUGAAAAGCAUUGGGGAACAUCUGCUUCUGGUCCCAAUACAUUCAUUGAAACACUUAGAGAGCGCAUGUUUAAGCCCUCACUGUCCACAAUCAUUUCUGAGAAUUCAAAGGUUUUAACAGUCUCACCAUCUGAAACAAUAUUAGCAGCAACAAAGAAGAUGCUCGAGAGUCGUGUGAGCUCUGCUGUUGUAACAGUUGAAAACAGACCACGGGGAAUACUAACGUCAAAGGAUAUCUUGAUGAGGGUCAUAGCUCAAAAUCUUCCUCCAGAAUCCACUAUAGUAGAAAACGUGAUGACCCCAAAUCCGGAAUGUGCAAUGGUGGAUACACCCAUUGUUAAUGCACUGCAUACCAUGCAUAAUGGGAAAUUUCUGCAUCUUCCUGUUGUUGAUAGGGAUGGAAAAGUGGUUACUGUUGUUGAUGUACUUCAUAUCACUCAUGCUGCUGUGGCAACUGUGGGAAGCGCUGCUGGGAUGAGUAAUGAGGCUACGAACAGUAUGAUGCAAAAAUUUUGGGAUUCUGCAGUGGAAUUAUCCGCUGCGGAUGACGAAGAAGAUAAUCGAAGUGAAAAUUCUUUGAAAUUGCCUUCUGAAACUACCGAGACAGCAAGAUUUAUUCCCUAUCCUUCAUCAAGUCUUCCUAGUACCUUUACUUUCAAAAUUCAGGACAAGAAGGGUCGAAUGCAUAGAUUCAUAUGUGAUACGCAUAGCUUGACAAGUCUCGUGAGUGCAGUGCUUCAGAGGGUGGGGGAUGAAAUCGACCGGCACAACCUGCCUCACAUUUUGUAUGAAGAUGAAGACAAGGACAAGGUUGUACUUGAGUCAGAUGGUGAUCUUACCGCAGCAGUGGACCAUGCAAAGUUAGCUGGCUGGAAGGGACUGAAGUUGCACUUGGAUUAUUCCGGUGCAAGAAGUCAACGGAUGGGUUCACAACCCAGAAAUGUAAAUUAUGCGCAGUCAGAUGCGGGGAUUAACGCGUACAGAGCUGCAGCUGCCGGGGCUGUUUUGGUUGCCGGGCUGGGCGUAGUAGCAUACUUGAGGAGGGCUAAUUGCUGAUAAAUCUUCUAAUACCAUUCAGUUUGUGGCCCAGAGAGUGCUCUCAAGCCGAUAUUCAAAAGGCAGGUUCUCAACAUUGAUCUGCACAGCGCAAAGUAAUGUUUUCCCCCCUUCGCUGCAUUUUUUUGUGGUUUCUAAAUUGUCAAGAGUUUUUGGGUUCCUUUUACUUUUGGGGAGGAAAGAGGGGAGGGCGGAGGGGGGUGUGGAUUUGUGCACAAAAUGAUUCAGUGAUAAUUGAUUGCGAUUUGUAAUUGUUGUUGUAUUUUCACCAAAAGGAAAUAAAUUUUUAGGUUUGCCUUUUGUGAUGGCAGUUUGAACAUUGGCCAUGCAGCGGCAAAUGCAUAUGACUUGAAUUU